GGCAGACCAUCACCCAGUAAUGGAAGAGAGGGGCACGGGGGAGAAGGAGCCUGCUGAGCAGACAGAUCUGCUCUCAUUGAUAAUAAGCGGAGAGGAGGACCCGACGCCGGGGGAGACUGACUUGGGCCACAGUUUGGGAGGAGAAGAUGGUAUUGCCAAUGGCCACAAUGAAGAUGCAUCUGAGGGCCGCGAAGGAAUCCCCAUCAGCUCUUCUAGCACCAGCUACUGGAGUAUCACGGAGCACCCUGACCAACCCUUGCUCCUCUCCCCUGCACCUGGGCCGUCUUGCCGCAAACCCAGGGUCCAACGGGCCUCCCGUCCCGGACUCAGCCGCAUCCCGGGCCGUGACCACCGCCGCUACUACCACGAGUACUGGCGCAGUGAGUACCUGAUGGACUUUGACCCACGGCGCCACGGGAUGAUCUGCAUGGUGUGUGGUAGCUCCUUGGCCACCUUAAAGCUCAGCACCAUCAAGAGGCACAUCAGACAGAAGCACCCGGACUCCCUUCUGUGGAGUGCUGCGGACAAGGAGGUGAUCCGCUCAGGUUGGGAGAGUCACCUGAGCUUGGACGGGGCCCCGAGGCCGUACUGCUCUACUUCAGGGCCCUCACUGCAGGGAGACGAGGAGCCUCCGCCCUCUGCCCAACAUUCCACCGAAGAGCUUGACCCAGGAACACCUCAACAUAAAUCAGAGCCUCCCAGUGUCUCUCCCCCUCCUUCAGUGGAAAAGCCCUCCCAGCCUGACAAGGAGGAGCUGCCCGGGCCGUCGGCUGAGAUCCUGGAGCGGUACCUGAACGACUCGCUGCAUGCCUGGUUCCGGCAGGAGUUCCUUAUGGAGUACGAGGCGCAGGCGGGCCGCCUGAUGUGCAUGGUGUGUGGCGGCCAGCUGCCCUCCCUUCACCUGGAUCAUAUCAAGAGCCACGUGCUGGACACCCACCCCAACUCUCUAGUUUACAGCUCGGAGGAGAAGCACUGCAUCCUGCAGGCAUGGGCCCAGGCCCACGAAGAGUCAGAUGACCUCAUCAAAUCAGAGUCUGACACCAAAGAUGCCAAGGUGAACCUCUUUCCUCAGGACGCGGCGCCCGACCCGGUGGAUGCUGGCCUGUGCCCAGACGGUGGUGGGCCUUUAACUCAGGACACUUCUCUGCUGCAAGAAGAUGGUGCGGUCAAAUUUCCAGACCAGCCGCCACAACCUUUCCGCAGCCAGCCCAGGAGGAGGCGCUUGCGCGGGGGCGAACCCUGGCGGCUGCGCCUCGACUACCUGGUAGCUUACGGACCGCAGGGCCGUGGCACCUGCUGUAUGGUGUGUUCUCAGGCGCUCUCAGAAACCAAGGUGAGCGGCUUCCGCCGCCACAUCCAAGAAUGUCACCCUGAGACCACAACCCUGAGCAGGCAGGAGAGGGAAGCAAUGGCUGCGGCCUGGACCAAAGAUUAUCCCACCCAGGACACACCGGAUAAAGAAGAAGACAACCCAAGUGAAGCUGGUACCCAGAGUGCAGCAGGAGGGACCAACGACAAGGCCCCUCCCAGCGCCGCAGCACCCAGCGAGCCGGCGAAUCACGAGGAAGGCGUCGGCGGAGGGAAGAGCAAGCCGCGGGAAACUGGGCCCUCCCGCCACAGCCAUUACCCCGGCAAGGACCAGCGGCGCAACUAUCAGGUCCGCUGGCGGAUGGAGUACUUGAUGGAUUACGACUGCCGGAGACACGGGCUGAUCUGCAUGGUGUGCGGGGCCACGCUGGCCACUCUGAAGGUCAGCACCAUCAAAAGGCACAUCCAGCAAGUUCACCCGCACUCGCUGGAGUACGGCCCCGAGGAGAAGCAGCAGGCCCUGCUGAGCUACAACCAAACAGCGCUGCCCUUCAUCCACUCUGACGACUGCUUCUCCUCGCAGGACCACGGACACGCGGCGCUGGAGCCGGCGCCGGGAAAUGUAGGCACUUAAGAAGGGCUUGCUUCUGCCUCGCUCUCCAGCCCAGGGACUCCGCUUCUGAAACGACCCCCCGCCUCCCCAAUAAGCCUCCGAUCUCAGUGAGCCGGUGUUGUUUCGGCUAAAGCGAGAGCCUGCAAAAGACUGUGCGGUUUAGUUAAAGCUAAAGC